UCCCCGCCUGCCUGCCAGCCCCUCCUUCCCCCGCUGCCAGCCCGAGCCCAAGCCGGAGCGGAGCCCGGGCGGCUCAUUGCGGAGCGAAGCUGCAGCCGCGAUGGCCACGACCGUGACCUGCACCCGCUUCACCGACGAGUAUCAGCUAUACGAGGAAAUUGGCAAAGGGGCUUUCUCAGUUGUGCGACGCUGUGUCAAACUCUGCACUGGACACGAAUAUGCGGCAAAGAUUAUCAACACCAAGAAACUCUCCGCAAGAGAUCAUCAGAAGUUGGAGCGAGAAGCUCGAAUUUGCCGUCUCUUGAAGCAUUCCAACAUUGUUCGCCUCCAUGAUAGCAUAUCUGAAGAAGGCUUCCACUACCUCGUCUUUGAUCUGGUCACGGGUGGGGAGCUCUUUGAAGAUAUUGUCGCCAGGGAAUACUACAGUGAAGCCGAUGCAAGUCAUUGCAUCCAGCAGAUCCUGGAGGCUGUUCUCCAUUGCCACCAAAUGGGGGUCGUCCACAGAGACCUCAAGCCGGAGAACCUGCUUCUGGCCAGCAAAUGCAAAGGAGCGGCGGUGAAAUUGGCAGACUUUGGCUUGGCGAUUGAAGUGCAAGGAGACCAGCAGGCCUGGUUCGGCUUUGCAGGCACUCCUGGCUACCUCUCUCCAGAAGUCCUACGCAAAGAAGCCUAUGGCAAACCUGUGGAUAUCUGGGCAUGUGGUGUUAUUCUUUACAUCUUACUUGUGGGGUAUCCUCCGUUCUGGGAUGAAGAUCAGCACAAGCUGUACCAACAGAUCAAGGCUGGAGCCUAUGAUUUUCCUUCUCCUGAGUGGGACACAGUCACCCCUGAAGCAAAAAACCUCAUAAACCAGAUGUUAACUAUCAACCCUGCAAAGAGAAUUACAGCUCAUGAAGCUUUAAAACAUCCAUGGGUCUGUCAACGUUCAACAGUGGCCUCCAUGAUGCACAGACAGGAGACUGUAGAGUGUCUGAAAAAAUUCAAUGCCAGAAGGAAGCUCAAGGGUGCAAUUCUUACCACUAUGUUGGCAACAAGAAACUUUUCAGUGGGCAGACAGACCACCGCUCCCGCCACAAUGUCUGCAGCAGCCUCCGGUGCCACCAUGGGGUUGGUGGAGCAAGCUAAGAGUUUAUUGAACAAGAAAGCUGAUGGAGUGAAGGCUCAAACGAACAGCACCAAAGGCAGCGCCGGGGUCACCAGCCCGAAAGGGACUCUUCCUCCAGCCGCACUGGAACCUCAAACCACCGUUAUCCAUAACCCAGUGGACGGCAUUAAGGAAUCCUCCGACAGCACAAACACCACCAUAGAGGAUGAGGACACGAAAGUGAAGACCACUGAUAACGAACCUGUAAAAAGCCAGUUGAAUCCUGGAAAUGCCCCUGAAAUUCCUCCCAGUCUGCAAACAUCACUGAUGCCAUCCACUGCUGCUUCUACCAAACUCUGUAAUGUAUUAGGCAUGGUAAAAAAAGGCUCGGGGCUCCCAGAAGCUGAAGAAUCAAAGCCUCCAGCCGCUCCGCCCUGUGUAUCUCCAGCUGUUUCAAACCCUCUGCCUCCUCAAUCUGCCAAGCUGUCUGAUGUACUAGGCAUGGUGAAAAGGGGUUCUGGACCCCCAGAAGCCGAAGAACCAAAACCUUCCAUUGGUUUGCCCUUCCCCCCUCCUGUUGUUGCAAAUCCUCUUCUUCUCCAGUCUGCCAAGCUGUCUGAUGUAUUAGGCAUGGUGAAAAAGGGCUCUGGGCCCCCAGAUGCAGAAGCACCAAAGCUCUCUGUCCCCCUGCCCUGCCCAUCCUCAAGUGGUGCAAAUCCUCCUCCUUUCCAGUCUGCCAAGUUGUCGGAUGUACUAGGCAUGGUGAAGAGGGGCUCUGGGCCCCCAGAAGGAGAAGAGUCAAAGCCUUCCAUCACUUUGCCCUUCCCACCUCCAGUCGUUGCAAACCCUGUUCCUCCCCAGUCUGCCAAGUUGUCCGAUGUCCUAGGCAUGGUGAGGCGGGGCUCUGGAGCCCCAGAAGCUGAGGGGCCACAGCCUGCUGUCAGCCAGCUUUUCCCUCUUCCACUCAUGGCAACCCCUCUUCCUUCUGAUCCCCGCAAGCAGGAAAUCAUCAAGAUAACUGAGCAGCUGAUUGAGGCUGUGAACAAUGGCGACUUUGAGGCCUAUGCAAAAAUCUGUGAUCCAGGCCUAACUUCAUUUGAGCCAGAAGCCUUGGGCAACCUCGUGGAAGGAAUGGACUUCCACAGAUUUUACUUUGAAAACUUGUUAUCUAAGAACAACAAGCCCAUUCACACCACCAUCCUGAACCCUCAUGUACACGUUAUUGGUGAAGACGCUGCAUGCAUCGCCUACAUCCGCCUGACGCAGUACAUUGACGGGCAGGGCCGCCCUCGUACUUGCCAGUCCGAGGAGACCCGCGUCUGGCACCGCCGUGAUGGCAAGUGGCAGAAUGUCCACUUCCACUGCUCGGGAGCACCAGUGGCACCACUCCAGUGAAGACCUUAUGCUGGCUGUUCUGGUUUCAUCUCGAAGGAGACGGUGAUUUGAGCUGAGCCGCUAGCCGGGAGCAGCGGUGACAAGCACGUGCCCGCAUGCUCGUGUCCCCUUCCCCAUCCUCCCGUCUUUCAUUUUCAGUGCCUGUGUUUGCAAAAAAGAAAAAAAACACCCCUCAAAAAAAAGGAAAAAAAACUAAGAAAAAAAAACAACCAGACAUGAUUCUUUAAAAAAAAUUAUAUUAAUGAAAUUUUUAAAAAUCAGCAAACCCAGCCAAACCAACCCAGAUGUCCCAACUCGCAGCGUGGCCACACUGCAUCUCCCGUCCCCGACUCCAUUUCUUUGUGUCCGUCCGUCCGGCUGUUCAGGUGACCAGGUGUUGCAAUGAAAAAAAUGUUUCAACUUCAAACAAACAAAAAGGCUCCACCUCCCUGUGUCGAACCCAGUGUUGAACGGUGUUAGUUUGUUAGGUGAAAAAAAAUAUUUUAAAAAAACCCACAAAAAACUUUUAUAGUAUUCGCAUUCUCUGCCAAAGCAUGGGCCUUCUCCAGUGGUUGUGUUCGCGCUUGGAAGUCUGUGACCUGUGUUACCGUUUGUUUUUUGCGGAGGAUGCUAUUCCCGAGCUCUCGGGCUGCCCGUUUCUUUUCUCCUCUAGCUGUGGUUGUGGAUUAUUAUUGAUGAUGAUUAUAAUUAUUCAGACUUUUUAA